AUGAGUUCGGAUAAUUCUUCAACAACAGGAAAAGUAAUCAAAUGUAAAGCAGCGGUUGCUUGGAGUGCAAAAAGUCCAUUAAAAAUGGAGGAAGUUGAAGUUUCACCACCUGCUAAAGGUGAAGUUCGACUUAAAAAUUUGUUUACGGCAUUAUGUCAUACAGAUGCAUAUACACUUGAUGGUCUUGAUCCAGAAGGUGUUUUUCCUGUUAUUCUUGGACAUGAAGCAUCAGGUAUUGUUGAAUCUAUUGGUGAAGGUGUAACAUCAGUACAACCAGGUGAUUAUGUUAUACCUCUUUAUAUUCCUCAAUGUUAUAAAUGUGAGUAUUGUUUAAAUCAAAAAACAAAUUUAUGUCAAGCUGUUAGAGCAACACAAGGACAAGGUUUAAUGCCGGAUAAAACUGUACGAUAUAAAUGUCAAGGAAAAGAUGUUUAUCAUUUUAUGGGUUGUUCAUCAUUUAGCGAAUAUUCAGUUGUCUUAGAAAUUUCAUUAUGUAAAAUUGAUAAAGAUGCACCAUUAGAAAAAGUAUGUUUACUUGGUUGUGGUGUUUCAACAGGCUAUGGUGCUGUUCUUAAUACAGCAAAAGUUGAAAAAGGAUCACGUGUUGCUGUUUUUGGUUUAGGUGCUGUUGGUUUAGCUGUAAUUAUGGGUGCUAAACACGUUGGCGCUUCACAAAUUGUUGCUAUUGAUACAAAUCCAGAAAAAUUCGAAUUAGCUCGUCACUUCGGUGCUACGGAUGUUGUUAAUCCAAAAGACAUAAAAGAUCCAUUACAACAAUAUCUUGUUGAAAAAUUUGAUGCUGGAUUUGAUUAUACAUUUGAAUGUGUUGGUAAUGUUGAAGUUAUGCGAGCUGCUCUUGAAUGUGCUCAUAAAGGUUGGGGUGUUAGUGUUAUUGUUGGUGUUGCUGCUAGUGGUCAAGAAAUAAAAACUCGACCAUUUCAACUUGUUACUGGUCGAACAUGGAAAGGAACUGCUUUUGGUGGUUGGAAAAGUCGUGAUAGUGUACCAAAAUUGGUUCAAGAAACAAAAGAUGGUACAAUGAACCUUGAUUCAUUUAUUUCUCAUAAAAUGCCAUUCGAACAGAUCAAUGAGGCAUUUGAUUUAUUACAUGCUGGAAAAUGUAUCCGUAUUGUUCUUCAAAUGACACCCAAUGAAAAACAACAUUAA